AUGCAUCCACUAUUGCUUUCGCUAUUUCUUCCUUCCGCUCUUGCAGCCUUAGUUCCAUCGCCUGGUGAUACCGCCAUCAUCCCGGGAUGGCACCUCCAGUCAUCGCUCCAAGUGACAGCCAGUCUCAGCAAGCUCUCCCAGCCCAACGCCGACACCUCCUCAUGGCACCGAGUCGGCUCACGAGGAACCGUCAUGGCCGGGCUACUCCAAAACAGCAUCUACAACGAGACUGACCUCUUCUACGGCGACCGUCUCAACUCCAUCGAUCCCUCCCGCUUCCAAUCCCCCUGGAUCUACCGUUCAGAAGUGACCCUCCACCCCCCGCCCCGCGGCGAACACAUCCUUCUCGUCACGCACGGUGUCACAUCACGAGCGGACCUCUUCCUCAACGGCGCACAGAUCGCCUCGAGCGCAUCCCAACAAGGGUGUUACGGCGGUCAUUCGUACGACAUUACCCCUCAUAUUCGAUCCGGAUUGAAUGCCAUUCUCGUGCAGGCGUAUCCGACGGAUUACAUGGCGGAUUUUGGUCAGGGAUUUGCGGAUUGGAAUCCGUAUCCGCCGGAUAACGGGACUGGGGUUUGGAGGAAUGUGGAGAUUAAGCAUACGGGGAUGGUGUCGUUGGCUCCGUUGCGUGUUUUGACGGAUUAUAAUGGCACGGAUAUGGAGCAAGUUACGGUGUCGGUGAGGGCUGAUGUGACUAAUCGGGGAAAUGGGCCGGUGACCGGGGUGGUUCAGGGAGCGGUGCAAUCUGAAGAUGGGUCUAUACCUUUUUCCAGUCCCAUUAGUCUGCGCGGGGGCGAGAGCACGACUGUCUCCGUUUCUGUUGCCGUGAAGAAUCCUCGUAUCUGGUGGCCUGCUGGAUGGGGUCUGCAGCCCCUGUAUACUGUCCACGCCAACGUCACGAUCCAAGAUCAAGUUGCUGAUCGGGCAAACACCACUUUUGGGAUUCGCUCGGUGACAUCCGCGCUGAGUCGCGAGAGUGACAUUUCUUUUACAGUUAAUGGGUCUCCGUUUCGGGUUCGAGGUGCUGGCUAUGCACCGGAUAUCUUUCUCCGCUUCGAUGCGGAGCGUGUCCGCAAUAUUCUUCAGUAUGUCUUGGACAUGGGUCUCAACACGAUCCGUCUGGAGGGGAAACUAGAGCAGCCAGAGCUGUACGACCUCGCUGAUCGAAUGGGAGUGAUGGUGAUGGCAGGGUGGGAGUGUUGCGAUAAAUGGGAGGGUUGGGAGUACAAUGACGAGGCCGGUGGUAUCAAAUGGGAUGAUGCCGACUACAAGACAGCCGAGGCAUCUAUGCUCCAUGAAGCCGAACAGCUGCAGCCCCAUCCAUCAGUCCUCGCCUUUCUCGUCGGCUCCGACUACUGGCCCAACGACCGCGCCACGGCCAUCUACACCUCCGCUCUACGACGCAUGGACUGGCCGAACCCGAUUGUCUCCUCCGCCGCGCAACGCGGAUACCCGUCCAAACUUGGACCGUCAGGCAUGAAAAUGCUCGGUCCAUAUGACUGGGUGCCUCCAAACUACUGGUACGGAAGUCAGCGGGGAGCCGCCUUCGGAUUUGGAUCCGAGCAAGGAGCAGGCGUCGGCACGCCGGAGCUCAGCAGUCUGCGACGGUUUCUCCCUUCGCAAGAUCUCGAUGCGCUCUGGAAACGGCCCGACGCGGGUCUCUUCCACAUGUCGCGAUCCGACUCGCAGUUCUAUACCCGGUCGAUCUACAACGCUGCACUCACUGCACGAUACGGCGCGCCUUCAUCUUUGAGUGACUACCUAUGGAAAGCACAGAUAAUGGACUACGAGGCCACGCGUGCCGAAUUCGAAGCUUUCGCCGUCCGCCAGAGCGCCCCCCGCCCGGCCACAGGGGUCAUCUACUGGAUGUUAAACAGCGCAUGGCCUAAUCUCCACUGGCAGCUAUUCGACUACUAUCUGCAUCCAGCGGGGGCAUACUUUGGCGCCAAGGUGGGACUGCGGAUGGAGCAUGUCGUAUAUGAUCCGGAGAGCCAUGAAGUGCACCUAAUCAACCACUCGCUGGAUCAGCGGGGGAAGCGAGUAGUGACAAUCGAUCGGAUAGACCAACAGGGGCAGCAAAUCUCCACUGAAGAAGUCUCAACAGAUACACUUCCCAACACGUCUAAACCAAUCGCCCGUCUGAAGACCGUCCCUGAGAUGGGCUUCCUCCGUCUUAUCCUCCAAGAUCCAGACACAAAGACGACGCUCAGUCGCAAUGUGUACUGGCUCUCAGCCACUGAUAAACUCGACUGGGGAAAGUCGAACUGGUACACGACCCCGGUUACGGAGUAUGCGAAUUUCACUGGAUUGAGCAGUCUCGGUUCGGUAGAGCUGGUCACCACAGUGACAAUGCAAGAGAAAUCCAAAUCAGGGUUAACGAUUGAAGUUACGUUGGAGAAUCGAUCGAGAACACCGGCAUUCUUCGUGCAUCUGAUGCUCUUGGAUUCGGUAACGCAGGAUGAGGUGGUGCCGGUGUAUUGGACGGAUAAUUAUGUGACAGUAUUUGCGGAGGAGCGGGUACGAGUGACCGUGCAGGUCGCUGAGAUGAGUGCGUGGAAGGUCGUGAUGGUGGGUGGGAACGUGAAGAGGAGAGUCAUUGGGGAGGGGAAAUAG